AUGGAUCUUCCCCUAGGAAAUAUAAACCUGAAUUUGAAUCCUUCUUUCCCUGUUGAGGAAAAUGUUCUUCGAUCAGAAAAUCAUCCCCGUUCCCCUAUGGAAUUCACAACUAUGAACGCGUUGGGUGUUGACACAGGAACAGCAUGUAUACCUGCUAUUUCUGAAAAUCUACCAGUUAUUCAACCAACUCGAGCUUCUGACAGCAUUCAUCCUCUUAGAGUUGUUCUACCUAAGAAGACUAUUUUCAUUUCACGUUUUGCUUUCGAUACUUCAACAGACGAUAUUGAAUAUUAUAUCAAAACUAAAUUAAAUCGUGAAGUCGAUAUUAUAAUCCAUAAAUUCAAAUAUUCGCAGCCGAGAACUAUUGCAUCAUUUAAGGUAAUGGUGCCUUCUGAAAUAUUUGACCACUUAAUUAAUCCUAAUUUCUGGCCUGAGAAUGCACUGAUUCGCGAAUAUAUCUACAGAGACAACCAAAGACCGUCUAACACAGCUCAAUUGCCUUCCCGCUCCACUAUUCUUUCAAAAAACUGA